UGUCCAGUGUAUAAAAGACACCUCUUUUGAGCUGUACUGCAUCAGGAAUCUCCACUGAAGGAAGAACUGGACCUGUGAGCAGCUGUCCACCAUGCAUCCAGCACUUACUGCCCUACUCUGCUGCCUGCUGGUCCUCUCUGCACAAGGACAUCCAGCAAACAAAUCCAAUAAGUGCAAGUGUUUGAAGUUUGUCAACAGGGUCAACCCGCAGCAAAUCCAGGGACAGCCGGCCAUACAUGAGCCCAGCGCGUUCUGCCAACACAGAGAGAUUAUUAUUUGGAUAUCAAAUGUCGAAUAUUGUAUUAAUCCUCAAUCAAAACUUGGAAAGUUAAUUCUCACAAACAGAAGCAGGCAUGGAAAAAAAUGAAUUGAGAGCAAGACAGCUUCCAGUCAAACUACAUGGAGCUCAGCAGGACUCUGAGACUGCACAGAGGGGGACAGAAAAACUGCAUCUAUAACAGAGGGAGUUGUUCAUGCUCACUGUCUUCGUCAUGUAAAUACAGUUAGUGUGCAAACAAAAUGUUGUCUUCUGUUUCUGCCCUUUUACUUAAAUGGUCUUUUUGAAUUAAAGAAUCACACUGGA